AUGGAGUGCGGGCGACAGGUGGCCAACUUUGGGGCCGGGCCGGCGAAGCUGCCGCGCUCCGUAUUACUAGAAGCACAGAAAGAGUUGGUGGACUACAAAGGACUUGGUAUUAGUGUUCUUGAAAUGAGCCAUCGGACCUCGGAUUUCUCAAAAAUUAUAAAUUCAGCUGAAAAUCUCCUGCGUGAAUUGCUAAAUAUACCAGAAAACUACAAAGUUAUUUUUCUCCAAGGAGGUGGUUCUGGUCAGUUCAGUGCAGUCCCACUAAAUCUUAUUGGCCUAAAGGAGGGAAGACAUGCAGAUUAUGUGGUUACUGGAGCUUGGUCAGCAAAAGCAGCUAAAGAAGCAGAGAAGUAUGCCAAAGUGAAUAUUGUCCAUCCUAAACUGGCAACCUAUACAAAAAUUCCUGACCUGAGCACUUGGAAUCUCAAUCCAGAUGCAUCUUAUGUCUAUUACUGUGCUAAUGAAACUAUUCAUGGGGUAGAGUUUGACUUUGUACCUGAUGUCAAAGGAGCAAUUUUGGUUUGUGAUAUGUCAUCAAACUUCCUGUCCAAACCUGUGGAUGUUUCUAAGUUUGGUGUGAUUUUUGCUGGUGCUCAGAAGAACGUUGGCUGUGCUGGAGUUACUGUUGUAAUAGUCCGUGAGGAUUUGCUAGGAUUUGCACUGAAAGAAUGCCCCGUAGUACUGGAUUACAAAACACAAGCAACAAAUGACUCUUUAUAUAACACUCCACCAUGCUACAGCAUCUAUAUCAUGGGAUUGGUACUGGAAUGGAUAAAGAAUAACGGUGGGGCUGCAGCUAUGGAUAAACUUAGCUCAAUCAAAUCACGAAUGAUUUAUGAUAUUAUUGACAAAUCCAAUGGAUUCUAUGUAUGCCCAGUGGAGAAAAAGAACCGAAGCAGAAUGAAUGUCCCCUUUCGCAUUGGCAGUAUCAAGGGCGAUGAAGUCCUCGAAAAGAAAUUCCUUGAGAAGGCUGUGGAGCUUAACAUGAUAUCCCUGAAAGGACAUCGAUCUGUGGGAGGAAUCCGUGCCUCUUUAUAUAAUGCGGUGACUGUAGAAGAUGUUCAGAAGCUUGCAGCGUUCAUGAGAAGCUUCAUGCAGAUGCAUCAGUCAUAAAUGCUUGAGGGCUAGAACCAUGCUGCACACCUAUGAAGUAAAAGCUAGAGGGUUUGAAAAUUACUGUGGUACUGCACAGCUGUAGCGCACAAGUUAUAUUGUCUUUUAGUUUUUGGAGCUCUUUUAGUUAACUCUGUGGGAUUGAGGGCCCAAUCUUACAGUGACUUGGACAACUUUUACUUCUAUUUGAAGGUGAGGAUCCUCAGACCAAUCAAGACUGGUUCCAAAAUUUGUAAAGCACACCACUUAAUUUGUAGUUAAACUGUGAGCAGCACUGAAAGAUGCUGUGGAUCUGAUUCUGACCUUAGAUAUGCUGCUGUAAUGCUCUAUUGAAAUUCAUAGAGUCACUUUUUGUUCAUAUAGAUACAACUAGAAUAAGAAUCUAUCCUACGAUUUGAAAAAUCUUUUGCUUCUGUAUUUCUUGUUUCUACAGUUAAAAAUAACUUCUUUAAAGAUACUGUGUUCUCAAUAAAUUUAGGAAGGCAAAACCUGAUAAGCCUUCCAUAGAGCUUCAUAAAUACUGUAUGACUGCACAAUGAGGCUAGAGCUGAGGUUAAGUGUUCUCUAAGGAUAUCUAGUUGGUUUAUCAGAUAUAUUCUAACUGUACCUCAUGAGCAGUUCUCAGAGGAGCUAGUAUCUACAUUCUUGACUUCAGGUCUUUGCAUUUAGAUGUUUGCUCCCAUGCAUGAAACGCUAUCAUGAGUCCUAUGUAGUAGUACCCAUUACUGUAGUUAAUGUCUAUAGGAGCAGGCCUGUUUUUUUUUUUGGGGGGGGGAUGUUGCCAUUCAUAGGUUUAAAGUUAAGAUGCAUGAGUUAGUAGUGAAAUCAAUUUAUAAGAUGUUUAUUUCUCUAUGCAUUUUAUAUUUUAAACUUCUUUAGGUUAUCAAUUUUAUAUUCUUAUUUUGGACUGAUACUCCUAUCAAAAGGCUUUUACUUUAAUUUGGUAACCUUACAUCAAACUGGACUGCUAUGUUCAGUUCAAUGAACAUGAGACUUUCUCUGCGCUGACUUCUUAGACCAAAGUGCCACAGAUUUUCUUGCCUGGCACUCCUUAAAUGUCUUUCUUCUCUUAAUUGUUCUACUGUUUUCUUUGCCUUUUCAUUGAUUGAUAUGUGUUGCCUUUGUAUGUGGGGCUCUGCCUUACUCUAGCUGAUGUAAAUCUUUACUUCUCUUCCUUUUCCUUACAUUAGAUCACAUUUUAGGUCCAACUUUCUCACUUUAUCUUCCUGGCUUACUCCAGACUUUGUAUAACUUCAGUUCCUUACUCCAGAAUAUCAAAGAUCUUUAGAAGAUCUUAUAUUGUAAUACCCGUUUUGAGAAUUAUCUUUCCUUUCCAGGCUGUGGAUUAUACUACCAAUGACAAUAUUUUGACAUUAACCUGCUAUUUUAACUCACAUAACGUUGGACAUUAUGCAGCUGGUUUCAGAUUGUAAUCCCUUUGGGACAGGACUGAGCCUUUCUUUGCUUUUCAUGUAAUACCAGAACAGUGAUGAAGCUUUAAUAAUAUUAGUGAUGAACUGUUCCUUUCAUCUUCAAUUGGAACCUCACAGCAAGUCAGUGGAGCUGCAGUGGGGGUGCAUUACAUUCCUUUUUGAAAAGUCAUUGUUUUAUGUCUGCUGUUUUGAGAUUUCUAUGUCUAUUUUGUUUAAUUAUUUGUGUUGCACUAAUCAGGUGAACAAAAUAAAAGACUUGCCACAGCAUGCUGUGAAGCAUCAA